AUGGUCACUAGGCAAAGUUCAAAAGAGCCAGACGUGUGGGCCGUGAUAAACGACCUAAAGAGUAAAGUAGAAAAAUCUCUAGUAGAGACUCAAGGCCUUAAGUGGCAGUUGGAAGAAAAACGCAAGGAGGUGGCCCAAAAACUUGCCCAACUCCAAGAGCAAAUAGGUGCCGCCCGCGACAAGUCUGCCACCCCGGAGGAGCCAUUGGAGAAGAAGGUAACUAAAAUGACCGAAACCUUAAAAGAAGUAGUGCACGAACGACCGAAGGACCCGGCCUUAAGUUUACCGGAGUUCAAUGGUGAUAGCCCCGGGGAAAACAUCGUCUGCUCUGGUAUCGGCGGGUUCGGAAGCUUCGUAGAUGAUGUUAACGGCGAUGACGAUGAUGUUGGUGGUUCCGCUGAUCCCCGCAGCGCAGACGAUGGUGAUGACAGUGACGUAGACAUUGACGAAGACGAUGACGUAGAUGAUGACGUAGACGAAGACGAAGACGAUGACUUAGACGGUGACGUAGACAAAUGA